UCUUCACUGUCCUCAAAACCCUAGAACUCCUCUCUACUCUCUCCCUUCUCUUUAUCUAUAAAAUUUUUGUUUUUUUUUUUUCUUCAGAAAAUCAAUUUUUAACGAUCUUAAGUUUAAUUUUCUUUCUCUUCCAUUUUUUUUGGUUAUUCUUUCAAAACUUUAAGGCAUUCUUCGAGCUCUGGAAAGCAAAAUGGGUGAAGUAAAAGACAACGACGCUUACGAGGAGGAGCUGCUCGACUAUGAGGAAGAAGACGAAAAGGCCCCUGACUCCGUCUCUGCUAAGGCCGGAGCUGAAUCUGCUAAAAAGGGCUAUGUUGGAAUUCACAGUUCAGGAUUCAGAGACUUCCUGUUGAAGCCAGAGCUUCUGCGAGCCAUUGUAGAUUCUGGAUUUGAACAUCCUUCAGAAGGUAAUUUCUACUAACUAUACUUGCUGAAAGUCAUAAUUUCAGCAAGAAAAUUGGUCUUGGUAAACCUUUCCUUUAAAAGGAUCUGGAAGGUCUUUAUACUCACUGGGGAUUCGUCCGCUACGAUUUUGUUUCCUGCAUCAGUGCAACAUGAGUGCAUCCCUCAAGCUAUCCUUGGAAUGGAUGUCAUUUGCCAAGCAAAAUCUGGGAUGGGGAAGACUGCUGUUUUUGUUCUAUCUACUCUGCAGCAGAUUGAACCUGUUGCGGGUCAAGUUGCUGCGCUUGUUCUUUGCCAUACAAGAGAAUUAGCAUAUCAGAUAUGCCAUGAAUUUGAGAGAUUCAGUACCUAUUUGCCUGAUAUAAAGGUUGCCGUCUUUUAUGGUGGUGUCAAUAUCAAGGUUCACAAGGAUAUACUAAAGAAUGAAUGCCCUCAUAUUGUUGUUGGAACUCCUGGAAGAAUAUUGGCUCUUGCACGAGAUAAAGACCUUGGGUUGAAGAAUGUGAGGCAUUUUAUCCUAGAUGAAUGUGACAAGAUGCUUGAAUCACUUGACAUGAGGAGAGAUGUGCAGGAGAUUUUCAAGAUGACUCCUCAUGAUAAGCAAGUUAUGAUGUUUUCGGCGACACUUAGCAAGGAAAUUCGCCCUGUUUGCAAGAAAUUCAUGCAAGAUCCUAUGGAAAUUUAUGUAGACGAUGAGGCCAAGUUGACUCUUCAUGGUCUUGUACAGCACUACAUCAAAUUGACUGAGAUGGAGAAAAAUCGCAAGUUGAAUGAUCUGCUUGAUGCCUUGGACUUCAAUCAAGUAGUCAUCUUUGUGAAAAGUGUGAACAGAGCAGCUGAGCUGAACAAAUUAUUGGUAGAAUGUAACUUCCCCUCCAUAUGCAUCCACUCUGGAAUGUCUCAGGAAGAAAGGUUGACAAGGUAUAAGGGUUUCAAGGAGGGGCAUAAGCGAAUUCUUGUGGCAACUGAUUUGGUUGGUAGAGGAAUUGAUAUUGAACGUGUAAACAUUGUUGUCAACUAUGACAUGCCAGAUUCUGCCGAUACUUACCUGCAUAGGGUAGGGAGAGCCGGUAGGUUUGGCACCAAGGGACUUGCAAUUACAUUUGUCUCAUCUGCAUCUGACUCUGAUGUGCUGAAUCAGGUUCAAGCAAGGUUUGAGGUGGAUAUAAAGGAGCUUCCUGAGCAGAUUGAUACUUCUACAUACAUGCCAUCGUGAUGGAUGCAAAACAUUGCAAUAUGUGGUUGAUGCCACUGCAAGCUUGGUUGACACUAAAGGUUGAAGUGACAUUGUUUCUUUAUCUUGUAAUAUGUGGAGUAUAUUUUGACUCGAGGUAGUUGUUGACUUGAGAUAUUUGACAACUUUAAAUUUGAAGUUAGUAUUGUGGGACAUUUUUGGGUAUCUUGUUAGUCCCUUAGUGUUUAUCUUGUUGAGCUGUUGUAUUUUAUGUUCUGAGUUUUGCUAGGUCAUUGCAUUAAUCGAACCUCUAGUCUACAGGUAUUGAUUUAUGCUUCUAAUCUGGAAUUAUGGGGGCCAUUUAGUUUAUUGAGCGACAGCAGGUCGCGGUGUUUUCGACUGUAGUUGUACAACAGUUGCCUGUUUAUGGCUGGUAAAACUUUUGUAAAAUUUAUUGGAGUUAAGGUAUUCAUGAAUAGUGAUAUGUUAGGCUGUCUUUUUAGCAAGGAACUAUGGAUAAUAUUUUUGCUGCUGUGAUGAAAAAUGUUGAUGAAUUAAAAGUAAAAGGCAA